CAACACUUUUAAAAAAAAUGAAAAACAGUCCAAAACCUUAAAAAAAAAAAAAAAAACUCGCACAACUGAAUCACCAUGGCAGGAAUAAGAUCACUUUCAAUAUCUCCAUAUUUACCUCCAAAACGACAUCGUUCACCCAACACAUCAAUUCCUAGAAAAAUUAUCUGUUCCUAUACGAACUCGAAACAUUUUAAGUUUGAAGUCCAUUUCUUAAAAGAUUCAUGUGUUCAUGAACUUAUGAAUAGUAAAAUUGUUGUUAGGAAUACUAAUAAGGUUUGGAGGAUCGGGUCGGAUGUUAAAUCGGAGUCGUAUGAGGUUUCGAAGUCAACAACACCCGGUUCGUUUAAGUUUAAGGAUAAACUAGGCGUUGUAACGAAUGAUGAAAAUGAAAACGAGUCUGUUGUUCCUUGGUGGGAAGAGUUUCCGAAACGUUGGACUAUUGUUAUUUUGUGCUUUUCGGCUUUCCUUCUUUGCAAUAUGGAUAGAGUGAAUAUGAGUAUUGCUAUACUACCAAUGUCAUCAGAGUACCACUGGAAUUCUGCGACUGUUGGUUUGAUACAGUCAUCGUUUUUCUGGGGUUAUCUUCUCACUCAGAUUGCAGGAGGCAUUUGGGCAGACACUGUAGGUGGGAAACGUGUUUUGGCUUUCGGUGUCAUUUGGUGGUCUGUAGCUACUGUCCUUACUCCCAUUGCUGCAAAGUUUGGAUUGCCUUUCCUACUCAUAGUCCGUGCUUUCAUGGGUAUAGGCGAGGGCGUGGCCAUGCCAGCUAUGAACAAUCUUCUAUCAAAAUGGGUUCCUGUUGCAGAGAGAAGUAGAUCACUGGCUUUGGUGUAUAGUGGAAUGUAUCUUGGGUCAGUCACCGGGCUUGCCUUUUCACCAUUCUUAAUACAUUCGUAUGGAUGGCCUUCAGUCUUUUUCUCUUUUGGUUCUUUAGGGACAGUAUGGGCUGCAAUAUGGCUUAAUAAGGCAUACAGUUCACCUCUUGAAGAUCCCGAGCUUCGUCCUGAAGAAAAGAAACUGAUAUUUCGCAAUAGAGUAUCUGAGGAACCCGUUAAAAAUAUUCCUUGGGGAUUAAUCCUGUCAAAAGCACCCGUGUGGGCAUUAAUAACUUGUCAUUUUUGUCAUAACUGGGGAACGUUUAUACUCCUCACAUGGAUGCCUACUUAUUAUAACCAGGUUCUGGGCUUUAAUCUAACAGAAUCUGGGCUAUUUUGUGUAUUGCCUUGGCUUACAAUGGCUUUCUCGGCCAAUCUUGGAGGUUGGAUAGCUGACACACUAGUAAGCAAAGGGUGGUCUGUGACCACAGUCCGAAAGGUAAUGCAGUCUAUUGGAUUUCUUGGACCUGCAUUUUUCUUAUCUCAAUUAAGCCAUGUUGACUCUCCUGCUAUGGCUGUUUUCUGCAUGGCAUGUAGUCAGGGUUCUGAUGCCUUUUCACAGUCAGGGUUAUACUCGAAUCAUCAAGAUAUUGCCCCUCGAUAUUCAGGGGUGCUGCUUGGUUUGUCCAAUACUGCAGGAGUUCUCGCUGGUGUCUUUGGAACUGCAGCUACCGGUUACAUUUUGCAACACGGUUCUUGGGAUGAGGUAUUUGAUGUGGCAAUUGGGCUUUAUUUGGCUGGAACAGUAAUUUGGAACCUUUUUUCGACUGGGGAGAAAAUAAUCGACUAAAUACAUAUAGUUAAACUGUCACCCAUGUUGAGGCGAUUUCAAAUCGACAAAUGGGUGCAAGCAUUUCUUGUGGCUUUGGCAGAAACAGCAGUAGUAUGUUUCAGAAGCUCAGCAGAUGACUUUUAUGCACACAGAAAUGGUGAGAACAUUCCUGUAAAUUAUGAUCAUUUCCAUAGCCAUUUCAUAGUUACAACAAUAGAAAUAUAGGAAGAUGAGACACACAUUUUGAUCGAUGUAUAUUCAACAAUGCUAAUUGCAAAAGUAUUUCAGCAUUCAUGAAAUAUACCCUUUUGUAUGUAAUUUUAUAGCAUAUGUGAUACUUUGAUUUAUACGAGUAA